AUGUCAGAACACGAGGAAUAUCUCGCAGUCCUCAAGGCAUCUUAUGACUACCAGCCCCAGUCAGAAGAGGAGCUUGCGAUCACUGAGAACCAAAUUGUCUUUCUCCUUGAACGUACUGAUGAUGAUUGGUGGAAAGUCAAGAUAAAAGGUGAAUCACAGGAGGAAGAUAGUCCAUCUGGCCUCGUCCCUGCUGCCUAUGUUGAGCAGGCUGAACACACGUCUCUUGUCAAAGCUAUCUAUGACUAUAAUUCGGCUGCACCCGGAGAACUGUCUAUCAAGGAGGACGAGGUUCUAAUGGUCUUUGACCGUGAAGAAGAUUGGAUACUCGUUCAAAGCAAGCAGGGCGGCAAAGCUGGCUUUGUACCAGGAAACUAUGUUGAAGAGCCUGAACCCCCAGCUCGUCCCUUGAGCGUGUAUGUGGACCCUGCUGACAGAGUUGCCCAGUCCAAAGCCCAAGCUCGUGUGAGCGACGAGAUCAAGACCUGGUCUGUGUCUGAAGUGGACAGGAAAGGCAAGAAGAAGAAGGGUACUCUCGGCAUUGGCAAUGGCUCCCUCUUCUUCGCAAGCGAAUCAGACAAGACUCCAGUGCAGAAAUGGCAAAUAUCUGACGUUGGAGACAUAUCCGUGGAGAAGUACAAGCACGUGUAUAUUGACAUGGGCGGGCCCAGUGCGACAAAGUUGCAUUUCCAUGUUGGAAGUAGAGAUACGGCUGAUGCUGUUGUCGAGAAGCUGGAGACUUCUCUUACACUUGCGUCCGCCGAUCAACGUGCUGUCAUCUCUCCGUCGCCGCACUCGGAAGUGAGCAGUCCGGUGAAGAGGAACGGCGCUUCUGUGCGCUUCGCGGAGGAAUCUCCUGCAAUUAUACCGCCACGCGAAUCCUCCGAGGAGGAAGAGGAAGAGGCGGAGGAAGAUGGGCAAGGUAUUGAUGAUGGCGAACCUGCCGUCGCAUUAUAUGACUUCGAGGGCACGGGCUCAGAUGAAUUGAGCGUGCAGGAGGGUGAGCGGCUCUGGAUCAUCGAGAAAGAGGGCGAAGAGUGGUGGAAGUGCAGAAACGAACAUGGAAUUGAGGGAGUUGUACCUGCAUCGUAUCUCGAGUCAAUUACUGAUAUCAUACACAGAGCACUGGUGGGGCAUCCGUCACUACUGAGCCAGAAGAUGAUGGUGCUGCCGAGCGCGAAGAGCAAGAGCGUCUCGAGGCCGAGAGGAAAGAGGAAGAGCGAAGGGAACGCGAACGUACGGAAAAGGAGCGAAAGAAGAAGGAGCAGGAACAACGCGCGAAGGCUGCUGCUGCAGCGGCAGAGUGGCCAGUUCCGUGUCGAAGCUGCUUUUCUUGGGUACUCUAACGGCAAGCUACGUCUACACAAAGUCAACGGUGUUGUCAUCGAGGUCCCCUCGGAGAAAAUGUCCCUCGAGGACAUACGUUAUGUUGAGCGACUUAAUGCCAAGGAUGAUAACCCUCCUGCAGCGCCACGCCGUCACUCCGAUGAUGACGACCAGCCACUUGCGCUCAAGCAAAAGGAAGUUGUACGGCGGGCUACCAUGUCAACGCAGCCCAAGAAGCCGCAGACGGACUGGUUCGAGUUCUUCCUGAAUGCGGGCUGCGACAUUGACGAUUGCACGCGAUAUGCGGCCUCCUUCGAACGUGACAAGAUUGAUGAGGCAAUCCUCCCAGACACUACCGAGUCCACAAUGCGUUCGCUGGGCUUGCGCGAGGGCGACAUUAUUCGCGUUACAAAGCAUAUCCAGUUGAAGUUUGCAAAACCUAAGAAGGACACGUCACAAGAGCAGCUUAUUCGCGACGAAGAACUGGCACGGCAGCUACAAGAAGAGGAGAAUGGCACGAGGAGUAAAGGUUCAUCAAGUCCUGCGCCCAACCUCUUUGCUGGUCCAGGAGGCGUUCUCAAGAAUAAUACCCAACGCCGCGGGAGACCGCAACCUAGCAAGUCUCUGCCACCGCCGUCCGUCGACCUCAACGCCAUUAGCUCUGCUUCUGACCAGAUUAAACGGACUGGCUCACCUCUCGCCAUGAGUCCUGCCACUAUCACGCCUGUGCAGCCACCUCAGAGGUCAAGCUCAACGGUGCCCGUUACUAGUGGCUUUGAAGACGAUGCUUGGACGAACAGACCGGGGUCUAAGCCUUUGGCUGCUAAUUAUCGUGCACCAUCGGCACCACCGGUUGCACCUGUCUCGGCUGUGCCCGCUGCACCGACGCCACCCCUUCCACCACCAGUGGCGCCAGUACAGGUUGCAACAACUGGCAAUGGCCUUGCAAAGACUGAUGCUGACAUCUUCGACCAGCUUGCGCGCCUGAGUCAGUUGAAAACAAGCCGUCCUUCUCCAUCCCCAGCACCUGCCCCGCCUCCUGUUGCGUCAAGUCCACCAGUAGUGUCUCCACAGCCACCUGUCUCAUACAAUACCGGCCUCGGAAUGGGUUCUUCUCCUACACCCAUCGGGCAACAUCUGCAGAUCCAGCAAACAGGUGCACAAGGCCCUCGUGGGCCAUUCGCUCCUGUUCCGGCCAAUCAAAGUUUGUUGCAGCCCCUUAUACCCACUACCACAGGGUUCAACAACUUUGUACCAACACGCCCAUUCAGCGCGUCGCCUUUCCAGGGUCAAGCACCAACUCCAUUCCUGUCAGCGCAACCGACAGGCUUUCCCGGUACAUCACAACCACUCUUAUCACAGCCCACAGGAUUACCGACAUCGGGACCACUGCUCUCGCAACCAACCGGUAUGUUCGGGGGGCCGUUUGGCACAUAUGGCGCUCGCCCGUCAUUCCAGAAUACCACGAUGCAACAGGUGCAACCGAGAGUGUUUGCCCAGUCUCCAUUCAACAAUGUGGUUUCUUCCCCACCACCCAUUCCUUCUUCGUACUCUCAGUCAAACACUGGUUCUAACACAACACCAGCAAACAUAUUUGCUCAGAUGAAAUCGGGAACGUUUGCCAGUGGAAAUGAGUAUUCCGGACCCCAGCAGGCAGAGAUAUAUGAUGCUCUGCGCGUAAAUCGAUUUGUCCCACAAACAACUGGGUGGGGAUUUCAACCUAACAACGGAUUUCAACCGAAUGGAUAUACGGGAUACUAG